AUGGCUGAGGAAUUGCAACUGGCUUGGAUGGGAGAUUUCGACUCACUGAAACAGUUUGUCAGUGAAAAACUUAAUCUAAACGGCGAAUGGGUUAGUCCAGGAGGCGAUAAGAAAUUAUUUAAUGAUGGCUACAUAUCUAUUUCGUGGCGGAAAAAUAAGAAAGCCUUGCUGAUCGACGGCGAUGAUCGGGAAAAAUUUAAGAGUAAACUCUGCAGGAUGAUCUGUGCGAACGACUUCAACAAAGGGAAUAUGUGCGAAGAAACUAAGUCUGUGAAUGUUGAAUGCCGGUCCGCCUCUCCUAUCCUAUCCGAGCGCCGCUAAGCGAGCUAUCAACCGGGGUUGAAGGCAUUAAACUCGAUGUAACGAUAGCAGAGCGGGAAAUAGAAGUAAACAAGAGUGCUAUAAGCAAAGUUGAGAGCAAUCUACACGAGAUAAAUAGUGGUUACGAAGAUCUUCGUCUACAGUUCGAUGAAUACAAGAAAAUAACCGAAGUAUUAAUUCAGAGGGACAGGUUUCAACAUUCGACAACAUUUGAAUAUUCAAAUGUGAUCGAUAAAGUUAAACCAAGCGAAACUAAACGGUACCAAGAUGAA